AUGUCGACUACUUCCGCAGAGCCACAGCUCAACGGUCACCACAAGGAGGACCAUGACCAUAUUCUACGUCCCCGCGCGGUCAAACCGGGAAACCCAGCUGUUCUACGCACUCUAGGUGAAGACGGUCUACUAGCAGUCAACGGCAAAGAAGCCUCCCAAACCAAUGGUAGCACAUCAGGACAGACGAGCGGGCGCUCAACCCCAAUCCCCGAAGAUGCGCCCCCGUCCGCCCACUCCAUAUCUUCUGCAAGAAAGCAAGUACGUGCUGAGCAACGGCGGCGGCUGUUUCCCACUAUCGAAUAUGCUUCCCGAGUGUCCCACUUCGACCCGAAUAGCGAUUAUCGAGACUUCCAUGGCUUUUAUGCCUUGUUCUGGAUUGCCCUCACGAUUAUGGCUGUGACAACGAUGCUGAGGAAUAUAAAAGAUACGGGAUAUCCCAUGAGGGUGAAAAUUUGGCAGUUGUUUACUGUCAAGGUGUGGGAACUUGGUUUGGCAGACGGACUGAUGGUUGCGAGCACUGCUGUGAGCUUACCAUUGCACCGUCUGUUCAGAAGCUCAACUGGGAAUAUGAUGGGAUUGAGAUGGGCAGGCGGCGGAAUGGCGCUACAGAGUCUGUACCAAGCCAUUUGGUUUGCCUUUUGGGUAAAAUAUUACAUGGACGAUGAUGAUCUGGCCAAUUAG